AUGGUCUCUCUGGAUCCCUGUUUCCGAUUCACACGACAUGUUCGCAGAUCGGACGGCGGGCCCCGGAUUUCGCGAUCCCCUCAAGUUCUGCAGGGCAGUCCGCAUCGUGGCAUGGUCAAAAACAGGGCUCCCCGGCCCCUCGAACUGGUUCCUUUGUUGGAGCGAUCGAAGCAGCCAACGUGCCAUCGGAACAUUCACAGCCCCGAUUCCAACGUUCUGGGACGUGGGCCAGCUACUUUCUUCUGGAUCGGGAGCAACGAUUCUUUAAUCUAG